AACAAGCAACAUCUCUUUGUUUUAUUGGACUGGAUUUGUCAGAUUCAAGAGGACAGGCUGGUGGCUCCAUGGGGGUUCAAAGUGUGGGUGAGAACUGGAAUCUCUGGAAUGAUCUGUGACUUUGAUGUGUACGAAGGCAGUGUCAAUGGGAUACGAGCCAAGUCUGAACUUGAAUUGUCAGGUGAUGUUGUGAUGAAGCUUGCCUCCACGCUUCCAGAAGGUCAGAACUACAAGAUCUACGCAGACAACUACUUCACCUGUGUCCCAUUGGCAGUGAAGCUCCUUGAUCACGGGAUUCAUUAUGUGGGAACAGCCAGGCAGGUGCGCUUACCCAACUGCAACCUUGAAGAGGAGAAGAGCUUGAAGAAAAAAGGGAGAGGAAGCUUUGACAUCCGAGUGGAGACCAACCACAACAUCUGUGCUGUCAAAUGGUAUGACAGCAGAGCAGUCACACUUGUCUCAUCCUUUGCUGGACCACACCCUGUGCAGAACAUUCAACGCUGGGACAAAGCCAACAAAACCUACGUAGAAGUUGAGAGGCCUUCCAUUGUGUCUACGUACAACAAGUACAUGGGAGGUGUGGAUUUGUUGGACUCGUUUACGGCCAAAUAUAAGUUCCCCAUGAAGUCCCGACGCUGGUACGUGUACAUCUUCUGGCACGCCAUCAUCCUUGCAGUGAUCAACGCCUGGCUCCUCUACAAGCGGGACUGCAGAGCUCUAAAGAUGGCAAAGCAGGAGAUCCUGAACAGGAGACAGUUUCAUGCAGAUCUAGCAUCCUCUCUCAUCCUGGUGAACACAACUCCCAUGAAAACACCAAAGAGAGGACGACCAUCUUCAGGCAACAGGAGCCCAGCAGCGACGGUGACAUCAAGGAGCCCGUUGAUUGCUCAGAAGAGACCAUCCUCAGGUGAUGGGAGUCCACCAAACGGGGCCCCAUCCAAGAAAUCACAACCUCCACUGGAUGUACGGAAGGACCUAGUGGCACAUUUUCCAGGGAAGACAAAGAGGACGCUGCAGACACUGCAGUAAAGGUAGACAAACACCCAAUGCACCAAGUGUGAUGUCCGUCUGUGCUUUUCUGAUGACAGAAACAGUUUUCUGCCUUUGGGCAGGCGGGGAGAGUCUUCCAGCCCUGUAUGGGGCUUACCAUGUUUCCCGGGUCCCUAAGGAGCAUGGGAAAACAUAGGUGCAUUAUGUCCAGGGGGGUCAGAUACAGCUUACUGACCCACAGCCUCUCUCCUUUCACCAGUCCUGUGUUGCCCUGGCAAGCAUAGACGAUGAAAAGGAGCCAGACAUGUCUAAGAGAUAAAACCUUAUGAAGUGGCUUGGCGUAGACCAGUGGUUCUCAAACUUUUUCUGUCAGGCCCCCCCUUUGGAGAAAAAAACAA